AUGUCUGAGCUCUCAGCUCUCCGCGCGUAUCACGUCGAUAACGGUCUACCUGACACAAUUUUUGACCUCCACGCUAAGCAUUUUCGUCGCAUGAUCGAUGGCGCUCGCCGGCUGCAACCGCCCCGCCGAAAGCGGAUUCGCAACCCAAUCUCACGCGCCUCAGUUAUAACCCUUUCAGGGAAAAUCUCACAUCUCCCUGCCCAACCGCGGGGGCUCUCAGCGGCCCAGAAAAAUAACGUUAAUCUUGCCGUGGCCGCCCGCGUUGCCUUCGCCGGAUUCCUUCGGGUCGGGGAAUUUACAUACUCAGCUACCGACCUCAGAGACACUCAAGUCUUCGCUGCUACUAAAUUAACCCGGGCGGAUGUCAGGUUCUCCCCCACCAUGGAUCACGUCCUCCUUACUUUGAAGAGAAGCAAGACCGACCGAAACCACGAAGGUGUCAAUGUUGUCCUUGCAGCGACAAACGACGCAGGCUGCCCCGUCGAAGGCCUUUCUAAGCUAUUCCUCCAUGCUUCUCAACCUAUGACUGCUCCUCUAUUUGCGCUCUCCUCUGGUCCUUUCACCUCAUCCGCCUUCCAACGUGCGGUUAUCUCUAAGCUCAACCGCGCCGGGGAAGACACCACGGGACUUAAGGGUCAUAGUUUCAGGAAAGGGGCAGCACAACACGCCCACAACGCAGGCCUAAGAAAUGACCACAUCCAAGCCCUCGGGAGAUGGUCUUCCGAAGCCUUCCGCAUUUAUUUCACAACACCUACAACAACACUAUAUGCCUGGAACCGUCAAUUCCAGACCGGUCAUCCAACUCCGGUCUCAUCUUCCAUACCACCAGCCCCUCCACCAUCCUCUUUUGACCCACCGGGUCAUUUGGGCCCGCCUGCAGCCCUCACGGCGCCGUAG